AUGCGUCAAAAAGCUUCUCCAACAUCAAUUACUACUAAUGAACAAAUAACAUAUUAUUUAAUGACUGAAGAUGAUGUUUUAAAAGAAAUUACAAAAAUAAUUAAAGAAGUUAAUGAAAUUCUUAAUUUACAAUCAACAACAUUAGUACGUUUAAUACUUAAUUAUUUUCAUUGGGAUAAAGAUACAUUGACAGAACGAUUUUAUGAAGAUCCUGAUAAAUUAUAUCAAACACUUAAUGUUGCUAAUCCAAAUUUAUCACCAUCACUUCAAUGGAAUCCUCUUUCGCCUGCAUAUAAUCCUACAAGUGAUCCAAUGCUUGCAGUUUCUGAACAAACAACUACAAAUGGAAAUAUUGUUUGUCGAACUUGCUAUUGUGAAACACCUUCAAAUGAAAUUUAUGCAUUACCAUGUCGACAUCAACAUUGUUUAACAUGUUGGCAAAAUUAUCUUGAAUUUAAUAUAGUUAAUGAUGGUUGUUUAAAACCAAUAUCUUGUCUAUCAAGAUGUAUACAAAUAAUAGAUGAUGAUGAAAUAUUAAAAUUAAUAUCAAAUAAUACAAAUCUUUGUGAACGUUAUCGACGAGGUUUAGUUGAAGCAUUUGUUGAAACAAAUCGUUUAACACAUUGGUGUCCUGGAAAUGGAUGUACAAUUAUAGUUAAAAUAAAACAUUUUACAAGUAAUUUAGCAAAAAUGAUUGAAUGUGAUACAUGUAAAACAAUAUUUUGUUUUCAAUGUUUAAAACAAUGGCAUGAACCAAUUCAAUGUUCAUUAUUAAAAAAAUGGGAAGAAAAAAAUCGUGAUGAAUCAAUGACUGGAAAAUGGAUUGUUGCUAAUACGAAAGAAUGUCCAAAAUGUCAUACAAAUAUUGAAAAAAAUGGUGGUUGUAAUCAUAUGACUUGUCGAAAACCAGGAUGUGGUCAUGAAUUUUGUUGGUUAUGUUUUGGUGAUUGGAAAGCACAUGCAACUCAACAAUGUAAUGUUUAUCAUGAAGAAGAAGUUGAAAAAAGUCAAUCUGAUGCUCGUGAAGUUCUUGUUCGUUAUAUGCAUUAUUUUACACGUUAUCAAGCACAUAAUCAAUCUCUUGAAUUAGAAAGUAAAUUAUUAGAUAAAGUUGAACAACGUAAAAAAGAAAUGGAAGCUGAUUCAAUGCCAUAUGCUGAUCGACAAUCUAUACAAAAAGCAUUUGACGUUUUACAACAAUGUCGACGUACACUUAAAUAUACAUAUCCAUUUGCAUAUUAUUUAGAACGAACUAAUCAAUCAGAAAUAUUUGAACAAAAUCAAGCUGAUUUAGAACGAGCAACAGAAAUUGUAUCAGAUAUAUUAGAACAUGAAAUAGAUGUUAAUCAAGAUAUGGAUGUUAAACAUAAAAUAGUAUUAAAAUUAAUGGAUAUAACAUAUUAUUGUGAUCAACGAAGAAAAAUUUUACUUGAUCAUUGUAAAGAUGGAUAUAGUCAACAUGAAUGGCGUGGACUAGAUCCAUAUUAG